AUGUCCUUAUCUCAGCUUGUGGAUUCCAAAACACAUUUGAUACCAGGAAAACUGAAAGUUUCGGAACUAUUUUUCGAGGUUCCUUUGGACUACUCUAAUGAAUCAAAAGGCUCCAUUCGAAUAUUCGCACGCAGUGUAAUCAAAUAUGAGAAUCCAGCUACAAAACCCACGGAAGAAGAAAUCCGCAAGUCUUCCCAAAAGCCCUGGUUUGUUUACCUCCAAGGCGGACCAGGUUUUGGAUGCAGACCACCUCAAGAUUCUCCAAUUACCAAUGUAGUUCUCGAUAAAGGCUAUCAAAUGUUAUAUAUUGAUCAGCGUGGAACUGGAUUGAGUAAUCCUAUUUCAGCUGGUACUUUGGCUUUGCAGGGAGAUGCUCAACGUCAAGCCGAUUAUCUCAAGCAUUUCAGAGCUGAUAAUAUUGUGAAGGAUUGUGAGGCUAUAAGAAAGAUUCUCACUGCUGAUUAUCCUGAAGAACUUAAGAAAUGGUCCGUGUUUGGCCAAUCAUUUGGCGGUUUCUGCAUCCUCACAUAUCUCUCUUUUCACCACCAAGGUCUACGUGAAGUUUUCACCAGCGGCGGUCUUGCCCCAGUUGGUCACUCAGCCGAUCGAGUCUAUCGCGCUACCUUCCAAAAAGUAAUUGAGAGGAACCGAGCCUACUAUCAAAAGUUUCCCGAAGAUGUUGCUGUUGUUCAAGGUCUGGCAAUUCACAUCAGCGCUAAGAAUGGACUACAAAUGCCAUCUGGUGGUACAUUAACUGUGAGAAUGUUCUUAACUAUGGGCAUUCAGUUUGGGUUCCAUGGAGGUUUGGAUAUGGUUCAUGAUAUUGUGUUGAGGAUGAGUUCGGAUUUGGAUCAGUAUUCGUUCAUUACUAAACCUACUCUUAAGGCUAUUGAGGAUGUAGUCAGUAUGGAUAACAACGUGAUAUACGCUAUCUUGCACGAAUCCAUCUAUUGCCAAGGCAAAGCCACAGACUGGGCCGCGGACCGAGUGGGAAAAUCGCUUUCCGAAUUCAAAUGGCUCACCGGGCGUCCCCGUUCCCCCUCCUCCCUAAUCAGCGAGCCGCUCUUCUUCUCCGGUGAAAUGAUUUAUCCCUUCAUGUUCGAAACUUCCCCCGAACUAUCCGCCAUCUACCCAGCCGCCAAGAUUCUAGCCGAGUACGCAGAAUGGCCCCCUCUAUAUGAUGAAUGGCAAUUGGCACGAAAUGAAGUUCCUAUGUAUUCAGCUACGUAUGUCGAUGACAUGUAUGUGGAUUUUGGGCUAGCGCAGGAAACAGUUAGAUUGGUGAGGGGAUGCAAACAGUGGGUUACUAAUGGAAUGUAUCAUGAUGCUGUGAGAAGUAGGACAGGAGAAAUGAUGGGAGAACUCUUUGCGCUGAGGGAUGAUGUUAUCGAUUAG